GCACCCACUGAACACAUGAUUCUGUUUUAUGAAAACGCUGACUUCACGUACUUGUGCAUCUGGGAGUCUGCAGAAAAAGAAAUUAUUUUUUAAGUUAGCAGCAAUUUAGAACGAUAAACGUUAAUUCACACAUAAAGCAAGAGUAGCAAGAAGUGUUUUUUGAUUAGAAUCAGGAAUCGAAAAUGAAAGUAAAAGUAGAAUCUUCGCACCGUUGAUGUAUCGAAGUCCGAACUCCAUCGGUUAUGGAUUGACGCAGUUUGAAUCGCUGUUUGUUGGGAAGGGUGUUUACCCCUCUGGGGUGGGGGAUGGCUCUGAAACUGGAUUUUUCUAAUUGAAGACCUGGCCACAAUUUCACAUAUAAUUAUUAUAUUUUAUAAAGUAUUACUGCUUUACUCUUAGAAAAAAGGACUGCUACCAGAGAACCCUAUACGAAAAUGCUUAAGCAUAAUAAAGCUCAUGAUUUGAGCAGAGAACCGUGUGAGUCUGGUUCCAGUAGUUACUCACCUGCAGUUGCUCCUAAGCAGAUUAACUGUCAAGAGAUGGUCCAUGUUCCAAUCAAUGCAGAAAAACUGAAUGUACCGGCUGCGAACCCACUUGUAACAAUAUUGUCUGGCAUUAUCUCGGAAUGGACAUUGAGUUGUUUUGAAGAAUGUGAAAAGUCUUAUUCAGGUUAUGGAAGAGCAUUUAGAAUGAUUUUGUUCGUCGUCUUACUGACAUUUCAUCCACAUCUUGUGAUUUCCUGUGAUGUAAGCGAGUAUGGACAUGCAGGUCACUGCUGUACCAUGUGUUCACCAGGCACUAUAGUAUUUAAACAUUGUACCGAAAUAUUAGGUACAAUAUGCAAGGCAUGUACUGCUGGAGAAUAUAUUGAACAUCCCAAUGGAUUAGAUAAAUGCUUCAAAUGUAAAACUUGUGAUCCAGAGAUGGGGCUUCAAAUUAAACAGCCUUGCAGUUAUACACGCAAUACAGAAUGUAAGCCCAGAAAUGGACAUUACUGCAAAGACAAAAACUGUCAGAUGGCAUUUAUUCACAAAACGUGCCCUCCAGGUGAAGGAGUUAAGGAAAAAGGUACACAGUUCAAAGAUACUGUGUGUGAGGUGUGCGCCGAUGGAACCUACUCCAGCAAUGAUUCAUCAACUGAACCAUGUGUGAAGUGGACUAAAUGUGAAGAACGGAACCAGAAAUUAGUCAAUCAAGGAACAUCUAAGAGUGAUGCCGUGUGUAAAGAUGAGAGUAAUCCAAUCGUUAUACCUCUUGUGGUGGCUUUUGUGAUUAUCGUUGUGCUUGUUGGGAUUGCGAUUUUUUAUUGUAAAAUGAAAAAGAACGCCUCAGCUCUUGUGCCCCAGAGUUGCUGCUUGUCCUGCUCUGCUCAUCGAUCUCCACACUUAGGUACCUCAACUUCAGAUUCUGACAAAGAAGCAGCUGGAACGCAAAGAAAUGAAAACAGUGUGCCUCUUGUAGAGCAGACAUGCACUCCCAUGCCAGAAAGUACGAGAAAUAACUGCAGUUUCAAACAGUGCGGAAACCAGAACAUCUGAAUGUGACCCUUGUGAUUCAGGAAUAGGGAGUCAAAGUUCACCAGAUAUUAAUUCAACACAUGUCUAAGACAGCACGGACACCCAGAAAUAGAGACAUCACUUCUGCAAUGUUUGGCUUGAUUCACCUGUGCACAUGAUUUGUCAGUUCCAAAUUUGUCCAAACAGUCAGUACAAGAGGACAGAAGAGAAUUAACUUGACUAAUCAAUGCAGGCUCUCAUUGAGAUCAUUAAAUCAAUAUUUUUAUAUGGUUCGUUGAGGAAGUAAGAGAGAGAGUCACAGUCCUGGAUCGGUGUUAGCCAGUGGUGUGGACCAGGUGCUCCUGCUCCUACAGUUCCCAACCUCGCCCUCAUAGGAAACCACCAGCUUCUUGUACGAUAAUGUGCACAUGAGAGUCACCUCCCAGUGGUGCCAGUGAUUUGGAAGGGAACCAGUCUUCUUUCCAGUGACCUCUAACUUGGGAUGAGGUUUUCUGAUGAACAAUGACACAGGUGUAUGGUCUGGGACAGGCCUGAACCACCAGGGAUCGCAUUAUUUGCCUUUGCAUUUUGAAUAAAACAGGACAUGCCAAAAAAAAGUCGAAUUCAUAUAACCACAUAAGAUUUUUAACAGAUUUCAUUUGGAGUCUCCUGCAAAACUUGCACUGGAAGUAACUGAAAAGAAAGUGGUUGAUUUUGAAUGGCCUCAGAAGUAACAGAGUACAUUCAUAGUCAUUCAGCAGCCUAUUUUAUGUCCUUGAUUUUCUUUACUAAACUACAAUAUGAUGCGCUGGAGUUAAGGAGAAUGAAGAGGAACGUUUUAAAAGUAAGGAUUUUUAUAUAUUGCCGACAUCAGUUGAAACUUGGCACUCUUUCCACCGCAAAUAUUGUGGAUUA